UUUGCAAGCAUUUACAACGACGGACGUGUUAUUGGUCGUUAUGUCCCUUCGCCCUGACAGUAAACAACUGUUCGAAUACAAUACAAAAUGUAAAAUUGAUCAGUAAUGGGGACACGAGAUUGAUGAAGAAGUCGUUUAUUUUUAAGGAAUUUUCAUGUUCUACGUUAGAUCUGAGAGUGGGAACCAGAUUAUAUCAAAAUGAAGCUGCAGCUGGUGGUGAUAAUGGUGAUAAGAAAGAUAAAGGACCUAAAGGGGGUAAUGCAGUUAAGGUGCGACAUAUUCUCUGUGAAAAACACAGUAAAAUCAUGGAAGCCAUGGAGAAGUUGAAAGCGGGUAUGAAAUUUAAUGAAGUAGCCAGCCAAUACAGUGAAGACAAAGCCAGGCAAGGAGGUGAUCUGGGCUGGAUGACCAGAGGUUCAAUGGUGGGACCCUUCCAGGAAGCUGCUUUUGCCCUCUCCAACAGCACAACAGAUAAACCCAUAUACACAGACCCACCAGUAAAAACUAAAUUUGGUUAUCACAUAAUUAUGGUUGAAGGGAAAAAGUAAAUUGAUUUUUUUUAAAACGUAAAAUAUCUGUAAAAUCUUACAUGUAGUAAGAAAUAGAACUAUGUCUCCUUCUUUACACAUACUAGUUACAGUAUAAAUUAUUUUCACUGCCUGUAUAAAAAAAAUUCAAGAAUUUUGGGUAUAUCCUUUGCCUACAAUAAUGGGUAUGCUCGAGCACCAUUCCUUUUCAUCCAGCGAAAAUCCAACAAGAGUUUCUGUUGUUUUAAAAGUUUUAUGAUGUAAUGUGUUCAAAUAAACAAUUACAAAAUGUUGUAUUGUAAA